AUGUCAAACAUUGGAAGUUCGGAGCUUGGCGCUGAUGAGAAGUAUGAGAUCGCUGUCUCGUAUGGGACCAUCAUAUCAACAGGCGUUUUAGCAAUCUUGGUUUGCAGCACGAGGCUUUACGUUCGCAAAUAUGUGAUCAACGCCUUUGGAAUUGACGAUUGGGCUUGCCUCGUUGGUUUGAUCUCUGUAACCAUGUUCAAUGGCGUUGGGCUGGCUAUUGUGCACUACGGCGUCGGGAAACACAUUCAACAUGUUUCACAAGAGCAUUUGGAGAUGUGGUUUUUGUUAUACUACAUCUGCAUCUGCAUAUACUUGUUUGUUUCUCUAGCCGUCAAGUCCAGCAUCCUUUUACUCCUGCGGCGAGUGUUCCCAACACCCUAUAUUCAACACACGACGCUCGGGUUGAUGAUAUUCCUUGUGCUCUUUACGAUAUCGGGCUCGAUCGUUGGAGCGUUUCAGUGCACCCCACCCAAAUAUGCGUAUCAACUGGAGUUCCUCAUGUCGCCCGACAGGGCAAAAUACUGCUUCUCCACGGAUGUUACCUAUGGAAUCUUCAUGUACCAGGCCGCCACACUUUUUGCCUGUGACAUUAUCAUAUUCCUCCUUCCAUUCCCGGCGUUGGUGAAACUACACAUUGGCUCUGCCAAGAAGACGGCUCUCUUAUUGGUCUUUGGAAGCGGCUUAGUAGCCUGCAUCGCGCCCGCCAUCAGGUUCGAAAGCAUACAGUUCUAUAAGUCUGGAUCCUCAGACACAACUUACGCGGGAGCGAGUUCCUUGUAUUGGAUGGCCAUUGAGUACAACCUUGGCUUGGUGGCCGGGUCUUUGGCGGGACUGCGGCCUCUGGUUUCCAAAGUCGUCACUGCGCUGCGGUCAAGCAGAGGGAAUUCAGCCUACAAGAGCAAUCAAUUCACGCCAUCUUAUCAGCUCGAAAAUUGCGACAAUAAACACUGGAAUUCUUCCGAGCGCAGUGGGACCAAGAACAGUAGAUAUCAGGGGGACAGCGUCCUCGAGGCCACGGUCUUGGGCGACCGCAGUUCCGAUGACAGCGGCCGCCAGCACAUACUAAAGACCCAGUCUGUCAGCAUUAUUACGGAGGAAUCGGGGGACGUUUCUUCGCUCGGGAACGCACGUCUGCCCUGGCAAGGACUUGACCAGAAGAAGUAG